AUGGAACUUCACUUGUACUCUGCCAUCGCCUUACUCGGCACAAUCGCAGCAAUUUUCAGGUUUAUCCUAUAUCCCGCCUUCUUCUCUCCUCUGGCCAAAGUACCCAACGCGCACUGGUCUUGCAGUUUCUGUCCUAUCUGGAUCUUCUGGAUGAGAUGGUCGAAGCAGGAGAACAGUCGGAUAUAUGAGCUCCAUCUAGCCAAGGGUCCUGCCAUUCGACUUGCUCCAAACCUGGUCAGUGUAAACUCUUAUGAAGAUGGGUUGAAAAAAAUCUAUCAUGGGGGCUUCCCAAAACCAGAGUUUUAUUUUAACGGGUUCGCUGUAUACGGUACCGACAAUCUAUUCACAAUUAAGGAUAAUCAGACGCAUUCUGCGCAAAAGAAAGCUCUGUCAAGCUGUUUUACAAAGUCGACUGUCAUGUCAUCCCAGACUGCCCGCGGCGCGACACGAGACAUCCUGUUCAAUCGCGUCCUUCCUUUAAUCUACAAAGCCUCCACGGAAGACAAGCCAAUUGAGGUGAUGGAUCUCACCUACUCCUACCUACUAGACACUUUUGUCCAGUGGCAGUUUGGACGGUCUCUGGCUAGUAACACAGUCGAAGACGAGAAGGAAAGGAGAUUCUACUUUGAUGGCUUCCUUGGCGUGGCUGAAUACACCUUCUGGCAAUACCACUUCCCUCGCCUGGUCGCCAUGGUGCAGAAAUUCGGAAUUUACAUCAUUCCCAAGAGUGUCCUAUCAGCUUUUGAAGGUGUCGAGAACUGGAAUCUGGAGAAAUGCGAUAAGGCCCAGCAACUCUUAGCAAGUGGGAAGCAGCUUUCAGUGGAUGACCAGCCGGUCGCAUUCGAACCAGCACUAAAAGGGAUGAGUGAGGUCAACGCAAAGCCCAAAAUGUACCCUCAGCGACUUCGCUUGGCCAGUGACAUGUUCUCUUUGAAUUCUGGAGCCUUCGAGACUAGCGGAAACACCUCGACCUAUAUGCUCUACGAGUUGAGUCGGCACCCCGAAUGGCAGACAAAGCUUCGUGAAGAGCUGCUUGGUCUCAACCCACCUUUGAAGCACGUGCCUGGGAAGCUUGUUGAAGCUGGUGACAUCACGAACCCUCAGGAUAUUGACAAAUUGCCAAUACUUCAAGCCGUUUUCAUGGAAACCCUUCGACUUUGGCCCUCGGUGCCGGGUGGUCAGCCCCGGGUAGUGCCUCGACCUUCAACUCUGGGCGGCUACCACAAUAUCCCUGCCGGAACCACUGUGCAAUCGUACGCCUCCGUUCUUCACCGCAUGCCCGAUAUAUUUCCGGAGCCUUUGGAAUGGAAGCCAGAGAGAUGGCUCGAUUCAUCACCAGAGCAGUUGGCUCUUAUGAAGAAAUGGUUCUGGGGAUUCGGCAGUGGUGGAAGAAUGUGUCUCGGAAUUCACUUUGCUUAUUAUUCGAUCAAAUUCUUCUUUGCAAGCGUUUAUUCCAAUUUUACUACUACCAUUCACGACCACGGAGAUAUGACGGCAAGCGAUGGUUAUCUUGCAGGUCCAAAAGGUCAUCGGUUGGAACUGAAGUUCCAUGUUUUGGAAUGA